AUGGAGGUGGGCGGCCUUCCCGUGGAGCUGUGGCAGCUCAUCCUGUCCCACCUGCGGCUCCCUACAGCCUCAGGCUACGUCCAGUUUGACAACUGCAACUUCGAAAGUGGGCAGCUGCAGAUCCAGGCACCAGGGACGUGCCAGGUGAAGUUCUGCUCCUUCCUCCAGUCCAGCAUCCACCUGCGCAGCGGGGACACGGAACCUGGAGAGAACCUGAGGGCAGUGAAGGAGCAGGAGUGCCCGGCACCCCACCCCAGCUCCAGCGGCAGAGACUCAGGCAGCAGCGAGGAGGAGGAGGAGGAGGCACAGGCUGCCCCCGGGCUGCCCUGCCAGGCGCUGCAAGGUGGCAGGCUGCACGCCCUGCAGAGGGACCUUCAGCUCAAGUCUCUGCAGCAGGAGCUGCAGCAGGACAAGGAGGCCCAGUCUUUGGCCAACUCCCUGCAAGGCUGCAUCAUCCGACAGUGCCUUUUCAGGGACGGGAAGGGAGGAAUUUUCAUUUAUUCAGGAGGGCAAGCAAAAUUGGAAGGAAGUGUCUUCAAGGAUCUGACCUACGCAGUGCGCUGCAUACAGAACAGUAAGGUCAUCAUGAUGAGGAAUGACAUCCAUCACUGCAAAGCAUCAGGGAUAUUCCUGCGCCUGUCAGCAGGAGGCCUGAUUGCAGACAACAACAUCCAUUCAAACUGCGAGGCCGGGGUGGACAUCCGUAAGGGAGCCAACCCCCUUGUCUUGUGCAAUAAGAUACACAGUGGCCUUCGGUCAGGCAUUGUCGUCGUUGGCAACGGAAGAGGCAUCAUCCGUAGCAAUCAGAUCUAUGGGAACAAAGAAGCUGGCAUUUAUAUUCUGUAUAAUGGAAACCCUGCUGUGAGUGGGAACCAUAUUUUCCAGGGACUGGCUGCUGGAAUAGCAGUGAAUGAGAACGGAAGAGGCCAAAUCACAGGGAAUGUCAUCUGUGAGAACCAGUGGGGUGGAGCAGACAUCCGCCAUGGGGGGGACCCCAUCCUGAGGAACAACCUCAUCUCCUGCGGCUACUCAGAUGGUGUUGUGGUGGGUGAGCACGGGAAGGGCCUCAUCGAAGGGAACACCAUCUGUGGCAACAAGGGCUGUGGCGUGUGGAUGAUGUCCUCCAGCCUCCCUCACCUCAUCAACAACGAGAUCAGCCACAACAGCAUCUACGGGGUGGCAGUCUUCAGCCACAAGGACGACACCAGUGACCACCCCCCUGGCCAGGGCAGCAGCGAGAGCUUCCAGGAGGAGAGGGAAGGGGCUGGUGGGGAGAACGACCCUGAGAGCGAGGAGGAGUACCCAGCUGCCCGGCACCCCAUCAGCGUGGCACUGCUGGAGUUGAACAGCAUCAACCACAAUGGAGAGCUUAUCUUGCAGGUGACCAAGAACAGGAUCCAGUCCUUUCGGGACUAUGGGAUUGCUCUCUUUGAUGAAGCCAAAGGCCUGGUGAAGGAAAACCUCAUUUUCCAAGGGAGGUCCAAGAAAUCCAUUUUGCGACCAAUGUCCAAUGCAGGGGAUUGCAUCAUCCAAAACAAUGUAUUUCUCACCUUCAGGAAAAGGUCUGACGUGGGGUGCAUGCUGAACAACCCCCCAGCGCGACCGCAGCCCCCGGGAGGAGCCGCGGGCGCCCACAGAGCCGCCCCAGGGCAGGGGGUUUCCAGCAUAACCCGCAGGGGGGGCGGGGGCUGCCACAGCCAUGGCAGCAUCUUCUGCACCAUCCUCUGA